GACAGCAGAGUGACAGGAGGCGCUCGCCGCUGCUGCCGUGAUUGACCCGGGGCUACGUGUGUCGCGGGGAUGCGGGGCGCCAUGGGAGCGGCGUACACCCGUCUGCGGCGGCUCACCGACUCCCUGCAGGACCCGGAGAAUGUGGCCCGCUUCCAGCAGUUGUGCGGAGUGCAGAGCUCCUCACCCUACGAGGAGAAGGACACCCAGGAGGCCGCCGGGGACGGGCCCAAGCACCGGGGAAACCGGCAUCGGAAUGGAUUCCUGCUGGAGAACGGAGCUGCCGGGUGUAAGGAGGAGGCGGAGGAGAAGAAGAUGCAGCCGCAGCGGAGGAACUCCCUGACCGGGGAGGAAGGACAGCACUUCAUCAUCCGCAACCGCCUGCUCUUCUACCUGUUCACGCUGGGCACCGAGCUGGGCAACGAGCUCUUCUACAUCUCCUUCUUCCCCUUCUGGAUCUGGAACGUAGACGCGCACGUCGGGCGGCGGGUGAUCGUGGUGUGGGUGUGGGUGAUGUACCUGGGCCAGUGCACCAAGGACCUGAUCCGCUGGCCCCGGCCGCCCUCCCCGCCCGUGCUGAAGCUGGAGGUCUUCUACAACUCCGAGUACGGCAUGCCCUCCACCCACGCCAUGUCCGGCACCGCCAUCCCCCUCACCCUCCUGCUGCUCACCUGGGGCAGAUGGCAGUUUCCGUUUUUUAUCGGGCUUCUGCUUGCCGUAUUCUGGUGUUUCUUGGUGUGCCUUAGCCGCGUGUAUAUGGGAAUGCAUUCCAUCUUGGAUGUCGUAGCUGGUGUCCUUUAUACAAUCCUCAUUUUGAUAGUCUUCCAUCCCGCUCUGGAUAUCAUUGACAAUUUCAACCUGACUUAUGAGUAUGCCCCCCUCAUUAUCAUCAGCCUGCACCUAGCCCUGGGCAUCUUCUCCUUCACGCUCGACACAUGGAGCACGUCCCGUGGAGACACGGCAGAAAUUCUUGGCAGCGGAGCCGGGAUCGCCUGCGGGUCGCAUGUUAGUUACAUGCUGGGGCUCCUGAAGGAACCACCACCGGAUACCUUGCCCCUCGCUAUUCCACCUUUCACAGUGACUCUCUUAGGAAAGGCCAUGCUUCGGCUUUUGGUCGGGUUAGUAGUUUUAUUACUGAUCCGAGCAGUCAUGAAGAUGAUCACCAUUCCUCUGUCUUGCAAAGUGUUUGGCAUUCCUUGUGAUGAUGUACGAAAGGCAAGACAACGCAUGGAGGUGGAACUCCCGUACCGAUACCUUACCUACGGCACAGUGGGAUUUGCAGUCAUGUUCAUCGUCCCCUAUCUGUUCACAUGGAUUGGCCUGCAUUAAGGAUAGUGGAAGGGGUGAUGUUUUUUAACGAUUUAUUCCAAAACCCUCAAGACAGACUUGUCGUCUUCUUAGAAAGGAGGGGCUACAAAAGUUUAAUAAUUGCUAUUUUCUAAAGUGCACUGGUCGGAAAGCAGCUUUUGGACCUAAAGCGGUCCUAGAUUAUAUAAA